AUGAACGUCAUGGCCAUGCGAGACGACAAGCCAAUCCAGUGGCUCCUGACGUUGUUCUACGACAUGCUUCGAGAAGACAGCAGUAGUUACGUGAUCUUUGAGGAGGCGACCAAACAGAAGAUCGAGGUCUACAAACCUCUCAUGACUUUGCUGUUGCGGCCUGGUUUGGACAACUACACGGCGGACAAGGUGAGUUGGCUGCUUUCGGCAGUGAUCAGCCAUGUUCCUGCGGUGGUUGCCAAGGCCAAUGUGCAGGAGUUCCUCAACGUGAUUAUGGAUUCCGCCAAGACGAACUGUUCAGAACUGGGACAGCUGGAGGCGAUCACCAAUUUGCUGAAGUCCGAUGCAUACAGAAAGUUCACGUGGUCUCAACCAGGAAUUUCCGAGCUCAUCUUCAGGAUACAGCCAAAGACAGCACCAUCACCGCACUUGUACAAGUGCAUCUUUGCAAUCUGGGCACUGUCCUUUGAUCAAGAGAUCACAGCUUCAUUGAAGGAGAUGCAUGUCAUCAAGAAGUUGAGAGAAGCUUUGACCUACAGCCGGGUUGAGAAGGUGAUUCGCUUGUGCCUCACCCUGUUGAAGAACUUCCUGGGCAACAAGAGCCUUUGUGAGGAUAUUGUCGAGGAAGGAAUUUUGGAGGCAGUUCAGCAACUGGAGUUCGAGAAGUGGCGGGAUGCCGAACUCUAUGAAGAUAUCAAGGAUAUGGCGAUUCAAAUUGGAUCAGAGGUGAGUGAGAUGAGCAACUACGAGCGCUACGAGCGAGAGUUGCAAACGGGAAAACUUCAGUGGGGUUUCAUCCAUUCCAGUAAGUUCUGGGCCGAGAAUGUGAUGAAGUUUGAAUCCAAUGACUUUCGGGCCUUGAAGAUGUUGGCCUCGUUGCUGCAGAGUCCUUCCACGGAUGACACCACCCUGGCUGUGGCCUGCCAUGACAUUGGCGAGUUCGUGACUCUUCAUCCUCUAGGAAAAAAGAAGGUGGCCCAGUUGCAGGUGAAGGAAAAGGUCAUGGAGCUCAUGGCAGCUCCAGAGCAGAAGUCUCGUGAGGUGCGACGCGAGGCGCUGCUCUGCUGUCAGAGGCCCAGGAGAGGGACUGGUGAGGGUCUCCUUCGUCGUGCCUUUGAUGAGACCCAGCGUCGCGCCUAUGUGAACUGGGAGAAGAAGCCCUGGAUGUCGCAAGAAGAGAACUGGCUGGCAGCCGAGCGCAGCUUUGUUAGAGUCACAGUUCAAUGUGCAGGUGAACGCAGUGUUGAAGUGCCUGCCCAGAAGUUCUCCCAUCAAGCACGGCAACUUCUAGCUGUACCCGGUGAAGGUCGCCUAGUGAAAGAUAUGAAUGAUGCCGGAGUUGACAGCCCCUUCAAGGAGACGACGGCGAGGACGGACAUGAGUGGACGACAAAGUGGAAAAUCAGAAAACCACGGAUUGGACGACAAAGCUUCGACCAAAAUGGAUCCAGAUCGAUCUGCCAGUGGCACAAGCUUCGCCAGUUGCGAAGAACUCGGUGUGAGUUCUCCAUCUCCAGGUGAGGGAACAAAAUCAGUGGCUUUUCCAGUGGCAGAGACCACCCAGCUUGAAACGACUGGAGUUGCUGUUAAUGAGACGAAGUGUCCGAAGAGUGGAGUUCCUAGAGACUCGUCAUUUUCCAUUCCAAAGCUGCCCUUGAACUUAGUCCGAAGGUCCACUGGCCAGCAUAGUCAGCGCAGCCAGCGCAGCCAGCGCGAUGGUGUGCUGUGGCCAGGGACCAUCAUGGAAUUACCGCCGUGGCCAGCACCACCAGAGGGACAUCCAUUGAUUACACCCAGAACAGGCGCCGCAGCUAUGCCAAGGAAGGAAGUCUUUUCAAUGUGUACGCCCCGCCCAGCAGGCCCAUUUAUUCCAAGUCCAAUUCAAUCGCGCAGUCCCAGCGUGAGCAGUGAGGAGAGUUUUCUGGAUGCUUACGAGAACUGGGACCGGAUUGGUUCGAUUGAAACAGCCGCAUCACAGCAGGAAGUCGUCAUGACGGUGCGUAGUGAGAAGGCCUCUGACCGAAGCAACUUCAGCCUCUAUGGGCUCUACGGAAGUGGGCAAGAUGCAGAAGCCCGGGUGCUUCGUAAGGUGAUUUGCGAUUUGGAGAUGCGCUUGCAGGAGCAGGAGCAGGAGCUUCAAGCUUGGCGUUGCGGACAAAGGCGUCGGAUGCAUUUCUUUAUCCGACAGUGCUGCCAGGCGGGUGAAGAUCAGGAGAGGAGCUGCAUACGGAACGCGGCCCUGAGAAACUCACAGGUCAUUGUGAAGGUUGAUAUUGGUCAAUAUUGGACAUUGUGAAGGAUAGACCAUUGUGAAGGUGAUAUCAGUCCAAGGUCUAUUGGUUAUGACUCAUUGACCAAUGAGUCCAAUGGUCUCAGUCAAUCUCGGCUGCGUGCUAUGAGCUCUUCAUUUAAGACAUAAGUUUGGCUUCGCUGUCUGACAUC